AUGCCUCUACAGACGCAGGAUAUCAGCGCUCCCGCGUAUUCCCCGUCCAUCCACAGUUCUGCCUCUGAAACGCAGAUUGAUUCUCGUGCUGCUGGCGCUGGUGCUGGUGCUGGUGCUGCUGAACAGGGAGAAGAACCAACUGGCGAGCGUGAGACUGAAGCUCAAGCUCAACCACAUCCCGAUCCCUCCCCUAAAUGCCCAAAAGGUCAAGAGACAGCGCCGGUUGCAACUGAUGACGCAAAGUCCAAGGCUCCCACAGUCGACCAGAUAAGGACGCUUCUGGAUGCUGCCUUGCCUUCAGCCGGGGGCGCCCGGUUGCUCAUUGCGUCGCCUCAAUAUCCCAAUGAUGCAAGCGAAGACUCCCCAAUUGUACGGCUCUCACAUGAAAUCGAGGGUAGGGUGACGUCUGGCGUGGUUCAGAAUUCCCAGCACAUGGAUUACUUUGUCCAGCAACCACUCCAGAGGGGCUCGACCGCUGUUGAACUGUGCUAUGAGAUCACCUUUAUUCCAGGGAGCGAUGAUUGUUUGUUAAAGAACUGUACAAACUCAACGCUUCAACUGACAUGCCUCGAUUCCCGCUGGACUCGGUGGCUCAUAAGAGAGAAUCGCCGUGCUUUGAUACGGCCUGGACUGUGGAGGAUCUUCCUAGCUGGCGAUGAAGACGACGCUUCUGACAGCCUUGGUACUGAGAUUCUGCUCCUCAAGAGGCAAUAUACAGUGGCAAUUCAUAAGGCAAUUGACUCGCCCUUGGUCAAACGAGCUGCCAACAAAGACGACGCAGAGAAUCCCAGGAAACGACGAAAGCUGGGCAAUGAUGAGGCCGAAGGUGUCGCCGUUCCACUCGCUUCAAAGACGGCCCCUGACUCGGAAUCUAUCGCCAAGAGCACCGAGACCGUCCAUAGCCACCAUCUGACGGCCUCUUCCGUUCGAGAGAUUGUCAACCCGACUGGCAUCCCGCUUCUAGAGCUUACAGAUAAAGAGACGGCAGUUAUAAGCACCCUGCACAUCAAUGGUGACGCUUUACAACCAAUAUCCGUCUCAACGGCAAAGAGUACGGAUUCAUAUCACCUCAGCCGGAUCCAGUACAUGGGCCACACCCCGUCCACCAGCGUCUUCUCUUGCCGGCAUUCUGCUAUACCCGGAUUGGUAGUAGCCAAAGUCCCUCGAUAUGACGGCAAGUCGAUCGAUAAAGUCCCUGCAAUUGCGCGGUCGUGGAAGCGAGAAAGGGAUAUGCUCAAGGGCCACUCUCAUAGAAACAUUGUGGCACUCAAAGCCGUCGAUGCCCGCAUGUUUGCGUUAUACUUGGAGGUCCUGCCUCGAUCCCUUUAUCGUGGCAAUACAUCGACCUUCAUGUUGUCGGAUGUUGCAACCGUUCUCUCCGACAUGGCAUCCGCCCUUGUAUACUUGUGCGACAAGUCCAUCAUCCACAACGACAUCAAGCCAGGUAACAUUGCGUUUUCUCCUCAGCGAGGCGCCGUCCUUUUCGACUUUGGAAUGGCCACGAACGACGAGGAUCAAGUGACCGGGGGGACGAUGUGGUACCUUCCUCCCGACAUCAUCCACCGCAAGCGACGGGGGUUCCCAGGAGAUGUGUGGGCACUGGGCAUCACAAUGGUCUACUUGCUCGGCAAGAUGCAAAUUCCGGAAAGGUGUGGGAUCAGGUGGGACAUGGCUGAUUCGGGCAAGAAAAAGGGCUCGGAUCAGGCUAUGAUGACAUGGUUUAACCUCGUCAAGGACAAGAGAGAAGAGCUGGACAGGGAAAACAAGAUCGAAAGCAUAGUAUAUGAUAUGCUCCAUUGGAAGGCCGAGGCGCGAAUAACGGCCGAGGGCAUUACAGCAGCUCUCGAUGCUUUGAAGCUGGACUCGCCCGAUAACCAGACAUGCGAUGAGAGGCGCCUGACGAGGUCGCAGACGAGGUCGCAGGCGAGGUCCCGUUCGGUAAAGUAG